CAAGAGCAAAAUAAACGAAGCUGAAAGCUAACGUACGGGGACACACAUCCAAUGUACACGGUUGAAAACUAUCCCAAUUUUUUCCAAGUGAUUCCGAGUGAAAAUGCAUUCAACUCAGCACAGGUGGCGCUACUCAAGCAUUUCAACUGGUCACGUGUAGGAACGCUGUAUCAAAGCACACCACGUUAUGCCUUGCCGCACAGUAAACUACUGUCGGAUCUUGAAUCUGCAAAGAUCGAAAUAGCCGCUCAACAAGGGUUUGUCGAUGAACUCGAGUCGGCUAUAUCAAAACUCAAGGAGAAAGAUGUCCGUAUUAUUCUUGGAAAAUUUGAAGAACAGUGGGCGAGUAAAGUCUUUUGUGAGGCCUACAAAGUGGGAUUGUACGGGAAGAAGUACCAGUGGAUCAUCGUUGGAAUGUAUGAUUAUGAUUGGUGGAAGAAGCAUUCAGACAAUCUUACUUGUAACCAAUCACAACUCGGGGAAGCUAUGGAAGGAUACUUAGCUACAGACAUUUUAUCCUUAAGUUCUACCGAAGACAUAACCGUGUCGGGGCUGACUUCGGCGCAGUACGAAGCUCAGUACAAACAACGGUACGGCGGAAGCACCAAUCGUUUCCAUGGUUACGCCUACGACGGGAUCUGGCUGAUUGCCCUGGCUAUCCAGAUGGUAAAACGGAAGCUUAUCGCUAUCGGAAGCUCCAGAACGGUAGAGAUGUUCGAAUACAGAGAUCCCUUGUGGGGCACUCUUUUCCGCGAGGCCUUCAAACAAACUUCGUUUAUUGGGGUGACGGGUCCAGUUAGCUUCACCAGAAAUGAAAGGCGGGGUUUCAUUCUUCUGAAACAAUAUCAGAAUGGCACAGAGGUAAAAGUUGGCGAAUAUGACACUUUAACGCAUAGGCUUAAGCUUCGUAAGGACGCGAGGAUAAGUUGGCAUGGUGCCAACCACCCCCCGGUAGAUAGGACCUUAAUCGUCAUCCAGCCAUCCAGGGUCAGAUUUACAAUCUACGCUGUCAUCGUGACCUUUGCUCUUCUAGGAAUCAUCAUGGCGUCUAUCUUUCUAGUUAUCAAUAUACGGUUUCGAAAUCAGAGGUACAUCAAGAUGUCCAGCCCUUAUAUGAAUAACAUUAUAAUUGUUGGCUGUAUGUUAACAUAUACCAGUGUUAUACUCCUGGGUCUUGAUAGUGGACUGACCAGCGAAGAAAGUUUUCCAUACAUAUGUACUGCUAGAGCGUGGGUCCUGAUGAACGGGUUUACCCUGGCUUUUGGGUCCAUGUUUAGUAAGACCUGGAGGGUUCAUGCUAUUUUUACAAAUAUAAAAAUGAAUAAGAAGGUAAUCCAAGAUUACAAGCUAUUUAUGGUUGUCGGCGUGCUGGUCAUCGUAGAUGUAGCCAUAUUAACCACUUGGCAGGUCAUUGACCCUUUCUAUCGAGAAACUAGCCUCGGAACAAAGAUGCCAUCUGCACAGAACGAAGAUUCAGUUGUUAUACCAGAGCUGGAAUUUUGUAAAAGUCAAAAGAUGACAAUCUUUCUUGGUUCUAUCUACGCAUAUAAAGGGUUACUUAUGGUGAGUUUUUAUCUUUCUUGGUUCUAUCUACGCAUAUAA